AGCUUUGGUGGUGCGCUGUUGCCCGGUGAAGGUGAAGCUAUGGCCCAGUAUGUCAAGGAGGGUAAAAGAAUUCCUCGUCGUGGUGAAAUUGGCCUCACCAGUGAUGAAAUCGCCACUUUCGAAUCUUCUGGCUUCGUUAUGAGCGGAAGCAGGUAUGAAUCCUUAUUUUGUGUUAGGCAUAUAAGACCUUGAUAAUAAUACGUUUCCGUUUAAAACCCACCAUUUUCUCUGUAGUUGGCGUUGCGCCCUCUCUAAAACAAUAACAAAGAGAGGUUUUCCAAAACGCUUGGAAUUUUCUGGGUUUUUUUUUAUUAUUAUUCUAGUGUGGACUGGUAAAAAGGAAAGUCCUUGAAAACACCGACAUUAUAACUACUCAUACACUACAUUUCAAUUUUAGCAAGGGAACAGACGAGAACGAAGAUUUUCUGGAAAAAAGAAGCCCAACAUGUGGGGAAAAAUGAACAAAUAGUACAUUAACUGAUAUUUUUUUUACAUCCUUGCCCACUGCAUGUUUCACAUGCUGGAAAGUGACAUCGUGGCAAAAAAAAUGACAGACACUUUGGUAGUUUGGCCGCAAAGAGCACAUGUCGGAGCCAACGAAAACGUACCAUCAGAUGUGCGUUGUCAAUGGCUCAUUGUGGACGGACUUUUUAAGCAUCAUGACGAUCAUGCCGUCAGAAAAGUCACAUUUUGUUAGUAAAUAAUCGUGCCCUUCGAUUAUUUUGGCGAUGUAAAAUCGAGGCUAAAACUUGGUCACAUUUUUUCUAAAUCAUGUAAUGUUCAAAGACAAGUUUUUUCUAAUAUCAUCAUUAUUGUCAUUUUGUAUGAAUGUGUGUAUGUAUUUAAUUUGUUUUCUAUUCUCUCUUAAGACAUCGUCGUAUGGAAGCCGUCCGUCUGAGAAAAGAAAACCAGAUUUAUAGCGCUGAUGAGAAGUAAGUUAUUUUGUGUCUAUUUACCCUGUUAACAACUUUCUUUUGUCACAUACAGGUAUAUGCGACGUGUAGUUAAGCAUCACGUUAGACGAUGCAUUUAUGAGUUUACAGUUGUACUUGUAGUCCAGGUAAAACGGCAAAAUAAGGACAAUUACGUGAAAGCUACUACGGUGCUGUAUAGUUAUUUGAUAAUGCACAGGUGGUUCUAACUUUUGUAUCUGUGUACGAAAUACUUGAGUGUGACCAUUCAAAUGAAAGCUACUGAUCAUUACCUUCCUUUGUUGCUUUUUAUUAUGCUGUACAUGGUGGCUCUCACUUUUCCAAAUUUUGGAGUCUGUGGAUGAAAUCCUGUAGAGUGUCCAUUCAAAUAAAAGCUACUGAGUAGUACUUACCUGUGGUGCUGUGUUUUAUGCUGCACACGGAAGUUCUAACUUUUCAAGUCUCUGGACGAUAUACUAAAGUGUGACCAUUCUGAAAGCUACCUAGCAGACCUUCCUUACGUUCCAAUUUUAUCAAGCUUUGAAUACAAAAUGGUAAGGAAUAUUGAUUUCUCAUUUCCUUAUCUUUCUCUCUUAGACGAGCAUUGGCCAUGUUUAAUUACGAAGAAAGAUCAAAGAGAGAGAACAAGAUAUUAUCCGACUUCCGAGAGAUGAUUCACCAAAAAAUCAACAACAAGAAAUGA